CAGGACAGCCAGGGCCACACAGAGAAGCCCCGUCUCAAAAAAUAAUAAUAAUAAGAAAAGCAGGAUAGGAAACGUAUCUAUUCCUAUAAAACAGACCAGUCUGGGUCGUACCGAUCAAUGUUUUCUCCCACUCCAUAGUUGACACUUCGUCUAGCUUUCCAGUACACCCCACCCCUGGAGCAGGGUGACAGCAGAGAGGAGAGCACAGGGGUGGCAAAUGGCCAUGAGCAGGAGACACCUCGUGACCUCACCUUAGCUAAGAAGUCCAGGCCUGAGCACUGGGAGAAACUGAGAGCACGGCUGACCUGUUCCCAUGGCUGUCCCAUCUUGAACAACAGAGGCUGGAGAGAGGAGACAGGGGGAGCACAAAUCAGAAAGACAUGAUGGGGAGCAUGGUUGAGCAGUGUGUAGCUGUAACACUCAACACUGGGGAAGGACAUGAAGGAAUAGACCCCAGACAAAGCCUGGCGCCUGCAGCUGUAGUGACAGGGUAACACACCGCCAUCUGCUGUCAUGUGUGAGGCUUGACUCUAGUGUCGUCAUCUGUGUCCUUCCUCACUGUGUUCUGACCCCCAGCCCCUUCAGCUCUGGUCCCUCUGUACAGUGGUGCAUUGCUUGCCUAGACCCUGAGUGUGUCCUCCCCAGAUGUCAGAAUACAGUACAGAGUACAAAUAAUAAGCUGGCCCACUCUGUUGUCUAGGAAACUGAGCAUGCUCAGUGCGGAUGCUUUGCAAGCUGCCUACACCCUCAGCUCGUGCAGACAGUUCCCGUGAUCGCUUUUCAAGUCAUCAUGUGUCACUGUCCGCUUGACCUAACUGGCUGCUUCCAGGAAGCAGAGCCUCACAGAUGGCCAGAGCCCUCACAUUCCCACUGUCUGUGGGUACAGGAACCACAGACGUCCUCUUGAGCUGCCAAACCCCACCUAGCUCUGUCUGGGGACAAGCACUCCAGAGCACAGCUGGCUCAUCUGCUUCUCGUCCUUGCCUCACCGAGGCCAGGGUGACCAUUGCUACCUGAGAAAAGUCUUAGUAUAUAGAGCCCUGGCCUUGAAUUUGACCCUCCUGCGACAGCCUCGCAGUGCAGGGCGACAGGCUGUUUGGCAGUGCCGGAGAUGGAGACCAGCAUAUUGCACUGGCCAGGAAAUCACCUCCCCACUAAGCACCAUUACCUGCCCCAAAGUUUUAAACACGCAGGCCUAAUCUCUUAGCCUCUCUCUGACAUGCCUUCUACUGUUUUUUCCAGGCUUGUGAAAGGCUGAGUGAGGUAGUCUCAUGCCAAGGCUAGGUGUCCUAGCUGCCGUCCCUCUUCUGUCAGGCUGCCUGAAGCCUUCACCCAAAGCCCUGUGCUCCAGACACUGACUUCUGUCCUCAUCCUGGGAGCUUGGAGAGGGGCUCCCCGGGUGCUGGAGCCAGGUUCCUGGGCACUGGGCUGCUCAAGACAUUGCCUGUGACAGGGAAUGAUGUGCAACCUCCCCACUCCCACCCUGAGCCUGUUCCUCUGGGAUACGAGAAGGCUUAAUUAAGGAACAGGUGGUUUUCUAGGACAGCUUUGAGGUCUGGGCUCCCUAGGGAAAGGAUCUCCUGCAGCUUGGAAGUCCUGUGCUAGUCUUGCCUGAGCAUCUCCAAAAAGUAAGGGAGGUCCCCAGGAGAGUGAGGUCGGGUGAGCAACCAUGCAUACACACGAGCAACCACUUGGAGUCACUGUCACCUUUGUAGAACAACAGGCCACAGCCUCCCUACCUACAGAAAAUGGUUUGUUUCGUAGAUUUUAGAGUGCUGGCAGUGGGGGUAGAGAUCAAGGAGCAGGCUUCCAUGGGUUAGGAUGUUACCCAUCACUCCCUCUGCCCUUCAUUGGAGAACUCUAGGUAGAUGUUCCUCACUGGAGGAUUUUAGGCAUAUGCUCUGUCAGACUUUUUCUCCCCAAUUCCCCAUCUGUAAAGCAGACCUAGCCACCUUCAGCUCAGGCAGACUAGAGAAGAGCAGGUCAGACAUGUAACACCCAGUAGCUGCCCUGUGUCGUUUGUGAUGUGUGUCUCAACCGCUUCCUUGCCCCUUGGGUGAAGAGUUCACCCACGGUCUCAGGAACCCAGUUUGAGGAGAGGGGUUGUGAGAAUGAGUGUGCACUCUUCCAUGGUCUCCUAGGAGAGCAGCUCGCACCAAGUCCUGCAGAAGAAGCCUCCCUUGCUGCUCUUCAUGUGCCCUGAUGUGACCAUCCUGCCCCAAGGCACCACUGUCAAGGUGCUGCAAGCGUAGCCAGGUCACCAGACCAGUCACUGAUAGCCAGACAUCUGAAACUUAGCCACAACGUUCUUGGCCUGGCUCAGAAACAGUCGGUCUUUACUCUGCAUUGUUUCUUAGCCUUCAUUUCACCCAUUCAUAUCAGGCAGUGCCCUACUCUGUUGCCUAUGGCUGUCCUUGAACCUGUGAUGAACCCCAUGUCUGAGCCUUCUGAGUGCUGGGGUGACAGGUAAGCCUCACAGCACCUGUUUUUAUGAGAUGUGGUGCUGGGAUCGGAAACCAUGGCUUCCUGACUUCUGGAUAAGCACUUCACCAGCUGAGGUGCAGCUGAGGCCCUAGCUUUAGUCUCCUCUUGAUCUUUUUUUUUUUUGAGGCAGGGUUUCUUUGUGUAGCUUUGGAGCCUAUUCUGGAACAGGCUGGCCUCAGACUCAGAGCUUCACCUGCCUCUGCUUCCUGCGUGUUGGGAUUAAAGGCGUGUGCCACCAUGUCCCUGCUAGUUUUAGUCUCUUUACAACCCUACAUACUGCUUACUCACGGUAAUUUCAUGGUUUUUUAUGUGUAUGGGUGUUUUUCCUGCAUGUAUGUCUGUGCAUCACGUGUGCAGUGCCUAUCGGGCCAGAAAUGGGUGCCCAGUGCCGUCAAACAGAUGUUUGUGAGCUGCCAUGUGGUGCUGGAAAUUGAACCCAGGUCCUCUGCAGGAGCAGCCAGCACUCUCGGCCGCUGAGCCCUCUCUCCAGCCCCUUGGUAAUUGUUUUGAAGGUGCUGCAGGUGGAGCUCAGCAGGCAUUGCCCACUGAUCUGCAGCAGCCCCUCAUCCUCGUGGGACCCCCUUCCACCCUGGCCCCUCACAUAAGCCCACCCUGCAUGGAGGUUGGCUGCUUCAUGAGCACGGCAUUCUGACAAAAGGCAGAGCCUGACAGGUGUCUCAGCUCCAUACUGAUUCGGAGGAACACAGAACCGAACUUGCAAGUCAACUGUUCUGGAAUGAGUCCCGGGUCGCUGGGCUGUGCUGAGCUUUGGCCUGGCCAUCCUCAGGGACUGAGUCUCCCACUGGCCAGCACGCCUGGGAUGGGUAAUGGUGUGCAGGAAGGCUCUGUGCGUCUGCGCGAAGAUGCUGAAACUGUUCUGUCCGGGGCUGUCUCCUCAAAGAGAGACCACAGACAAGUGCUCAGCUCCCUGCUGUCCGGAGCCCUGGCUGGUGCACUUGCCAAGACAGCAGUAGCCCCCCUGGACCGAACCAAGAUCAUCUUCCAAGUGUCUUCAAAAAGAUUUUCCGCCAAGGAGGCCUUCCGGCUCCUCUACUUCACCUACCUCAAUGAGGGCUUCCUCAGCCUAUGGCGUGGGAACUCGGCCACCAUGGUACGAGUGAUCCCAUACGCCGCCAUCCAGUUCAGCGCUCACGAGGAGUACAAGCGCAUCCUGGGCCGAUACUAUGGCUUCCGUGGAGAAGCCCUGCCCCCGUGGCCCCGCCUCCUGGCUGGUGCCCUGGCAGGAACCACGGCUGCCUCCCUCACUUACCCUCUGGACCUGGUCAGAGCAAGGAUGGCCGUGACACCCAAGGAAAUGUACAGCAACAUCUUUCACGUCUUCAUCCGCAUCUCGAGAGAGGAAGGGCUGAGGACCCUCUACUUCGGGUUCAUGCCCACCGUGCUGGGCGUCAUUCCCUAUGCGGGACUCAGCUUCUUCACGUACGAGUCACUGAAGAGCCUGCACCAAGAGUACAGUGGCCGCCUGCAGCCCUACCCCUUUGAGCGCAUGGUCUUCGGGGCCUGUGCCGGCCUUAUCGGGCAGUCAGCCUCCUACCCUCUGGACGUGGUGCGGCGGCGCAUGCAGACAGCAGGCGUCACAGGCCACCAGCACGGCUCCAUCCUGAGCACGCUGCGCUCCAUCGUGCGUGAGGAGGGCGCGGUGCGGGGCCUCUACAAGGGCCUGAGCAUGAACUGGCUGAAGGGCCCGAUCGCCGUGGGCAUCAGCUUCACCACUUUCGACCUCAUGCAGAUCCUGCUGCGCCGGCUGCAGAGCUAGGCCCACAACGGACGGUGAGCUUGCGGAUGGAUGGAGGGCAUGCAGCUGUGCAUUGGCAGCCCCGAUGGCACCUUGAGGAUGGCCAGGAGGGUGGGACCUGGCUUGGGGCUGCAGGGCCCAUAGCAAAGUGCUGGCCCUCGGGGUGUGACAUGUAAUGGUGGGUCAUGGUUGUGCCCCUCCCUGCAGCUCAGUGAGCCGCUGGUGAGUCUUGGGGGGGGGCGUUACCCCAAGGCCCCUAAGGGGUCAGCUGCACUUCCUGGCCCCACCUCUCCUGACCUGCUGCUGAUUCUAGUGCCCACUGGCACCCUGGGCUCAGAGCCCACCCCUCUUGCUAAGACCGUGCCUGGCCUGCAGAUUUGACAGCCUUCCCUCAAUGCCACACCCUGGAGGGUUGCAGCUUGCUCAGUGGUGGCUGUACCUGUGUCCCUCAGUCCUCCACCAUGCCUGCCCACCCUCUCCCAGGUGACAGACGGCUGCUCUUGCCCGCAAAGCUUUCUCCCCAGAACACUAUACCCAUCCCGUUCCUGAGGGCUGCAUCUGACCUUGUCAACUACCUGGCUUUUAACCUUCCCAGGAGGUACCCCAGCAGAAGGGGCAGGUACAGACCCCACUGGAAAUGCCCAUGUGGGUCUCCCUAACCUGGGACGUCUUCCAAAGCAUGUCACCCGGGCCACUGUGCAGCCCCAAGGCUUUUGUUUGCACAGCACCCUUGGAGAUGGGGUGCCUAACCAUGAACUCUGGGCCUUCUGUGGGCCACUGGUCCCCACUGAGGCCGUCAUAAGCCAGGCCAAAUGACGGCCCAAAAUUGGCCUGUGUGAAUGUGUGCAAAAGUGUCUUGGGCACCUGGGUCCACCAGCCAGCUAAUCUCAAAAACUCUCCUGGGGUCCCCAAGGUGUCACAGAAACUUCAUGCUUUCCUGAGGUGUGGGGUUCUUGAUUUGGGGUCUUUGAGACAGCCUCCCCCAAGAAGCCCUGGCUAACAUGUCCCUCUGUGUGUCACCUGGGCUAGCCUCCAACUUGCAGCAAUCCUCCUGCACCUAGUUUCCAGUUUCCCCUUAUCGUAGCCCAGGUGACACACACAAAACCUGUGCUGUGUCAGCCAGUCCUGGCUCAGAGGUGGGCCAGCUGUUUCUCACAGCUGGGCGGCAGCUGUCUCACGUGGAGCCUGAGCAGGGCAGCUUGACCCCCGGCCUUUCCAGUGCAGACCACAGUCCUCCUCCUUAUUGUAUUUCUUUUUUCCAAGACAGGGUUUCUCUGUAACUUUUGGAGGCUGUCAUGGAACUCACUCUGUAGACCAGGCUGGUCUCGAACUCAGAGAUCUGCCUGCCUCUGCCUCCCGAGUGCUGGGAUUAAAGGCGUGCGCCACCACCAACGGCCGGCAUGUUAUUGUAUUUCUUACCUUGUGCCUGUGAUGCUCGGCCAUCUCCGUCUCCUUUGCAGAUGGUGACAGGCCAUCCCCAACAUGUCCCCAGGCACCCCAGCAGCCUGUGGUGGCUGUGAGGGACCAUCCCCAUCCCCUUGUGAGUGUGCUGCCCACUCUGUUCCUUGCCUGGCCUGCAUACUGGAGUGGAGAGGCUGGGCACCCCACACCAGGGAGUCAGAGGACAGAGCCCUGCAUUGGGCAGCCAGCUGGGUGGGAGAGGUGAGGGUGUUGGGGUCCCUAUCUGCUUCCCCAUAGCCUCCCAGUAGUUCUGGCCUGGGGGCUCUCCACCUCUGUGGCUACCCUUUCCCAUAGCCACUGUCCAGUCUGGAGUUCUAUUUUGAUGCCAUGAAAACACUUUGUUUAUAUAUAUUGUUUAUAUAUUUUAAAGAUUCGUGCCAAAAGAGUAUAUUUAAUAAACAUUUAAAUAAC